AUGUUUCUCUCAGUUGCCUGGGAGACGACUUUCAGGUCUGCUUGCCCCGAGGACCGUGUGGUGUCCUCGAGGGUUGCUAAAGUCCCUGUGGCAGCGCAGACGCUGGAAGAGCUACCAGGCAGUGUACCAGAGCUUCAAGAUGAAAGGCCAUGCCCGAUUAUUCACAACACACAGCUUGACCAGUAUGAGAAAACCACAGCAGCUGUUGCUUAUCCCCAAACUCUUUGGAUGAAGAGGUGGGCCGCGUUCAGGCGCUGGAUCACUGCCAGCCGAAGGAAACACAAUGGACAAGAGGUCAACCAAGGCUCAUCAGAAUCUCAGCUGCCAGGCAGGAGUGAUGCAGAUCAAGUUGAGCAGUCACCAGGUGGCAAGGUCUACAUCCCCUAUGAGUCUGCUGAACUCUGCAUUGCUCAGAUAGCCAAGGACAUGGAAAGCAUGAGUAAAAGGCAUCUGGAAAUGGUCCAGGAGCUGGAAGAGAACUUCCAGAUGACAAUGCGGGAGAACCAGGAUUGUACCGUGCAGAAGAUCAGAUCUCACUAUCAGAACAAGUUAAACACUCUGCGAAAAAUCCUGGACGUCUACCAGGAGAAGGUGGAGAAGAAAAAAGCAGACUGGGAGGCUAAAGCUGAGAGCCUGAAAGCUCAAAACGAGCUGUUGCUGAAGGAGCAUAGAGCUGAGAGGAAGAGGAGCGUGGAAGAGGCCCUGCAGUGGCACAGAGAAAAGAGCAAAAUGCUGGAACUGUUCUCCAACAGGCUGGAUGCCCUGCACAGUCAGCAGGCCUCCACAUUGCAGGAGCUACAGAUGGCCCGACAAGAAAUAGGAAAAGUCCAAGAAAUGUUGGUGGUCUCCACACAGGAGCAGCAGGAAACCACAGGGGAAGGUGAAAACCUGGAGAUUGAAGGACUGUCAGCACAGCAACAGACAAGGGACUGCAGUGAUUCUGAUCAACCACUGGAGGGCGCUAAAGCUCGUCUAGAGGAACUAAAGGAGAGCCUGUACCAGAGGGAGAGGGAGAUCACUGAACUGCUGGAGGCAGAGAGAAGCCCCAUCCCUCCGGUGCCUCAGCCACCCUGUGGCGUUCUGCUUUCCCUCGUCAUACACAAGGCUCAUGAAAUCUGCAGUGCAGUGCCUGAAACCAGAGCCCUGUUAGACCAGAUGAUUGAGGACAAUCGGGUUGCUCUGGCCGAAGCCAGACACAAACUGGACCGACUCAAGAAUGUUCAAGAAGAAAGCAAUGACAGAGAGGAUGCCACUGACCAAGAGGGGUCAGAGAAAUACAAGUCAAAUCUGCCUCUAUUGCAAGAAACAGUGAGGGAAAUUGAGGUCUGUCAAAUCGCUUUAGCUUGCAUUAAAAAUGGAGAGAGCCCUGUGAUGAAUGACUGUGCAGUUUCAGAACUGGAGGAUAUCCUGGGUCAGGAGGCAAGCCAAACCACGGGUGGAGUUAAGAGUGCCGGUCAGCAGCUUCUAUUGCUGCAGGAUCAGCUGAAGCAAGAAAAAGAAGAGAAAAAGAAAAUAAUUGAGAACUACACUUCAGAAAGGACCCUGAGGAAAAAAUAUUAUAAUAUGGUUGAAAAUAUGAAAGGUAAAAUUAGAGUGUUUUGUCGGAUUCGCCCUGUGAGCCGAGCCGAAGCUGCGCAGGGUGGCGCCAUCGUUGUGGAAAAAAUAGAUGAAUACUCUGUCACCGUAGAAACCCCUCGUGGACCAAGGGAGUUUCAGUUUGACAAGGUGUUCAGUGCUGAAGCCUCUCAGGAAGACUUGUUUCAUGACACCAGCAGGCUGAUCCAGUUAGCUAUCGACGGUUACAACGUUUGUGUCUUUGCGUAUGGCCAGACGGGCUCAGGGAAGACCUUCACUAUGGUUGGGGACAAGGAACAGAAGAAUCCCGGGAUCAUCCCGAGAGCUUUCAAUGCCAUGUUUGAUAUCAUGCGCGAGAACAGCUCUAAAUUCAGUUUCAAGGUUUCAGCCUAUAUGCUGGAGCUCUACAAUGACAGGCUGCAGGACCUCUUUGCGAGCCAGGCUGGUGAGGCCCACGUACACACUCAAUCCCAUGGCCAGGCCAGGCGGGUGGAGAUCAAGAGGAACAGAAAGGGAGUUGUGUUCGCCCAAGGAGCAGAGACAAAAGAGGCUUCCAGUGCCCAGGAGCUCUACGCUCUGUUCCAGCAGGCCUGCGCAAACCGACACAUCUCUGCCACCAAGAUGAAUGUGGAGAGUUCCCGCUCUCAUCUUAUUGUUGGCAUCGUGGUGGAGAGCAGGAAUCUGACAAAUGGGAGUGUAAGCACUGGGAAGCUGAGCCUUGUAGACCUGGCAGGCAGUGAGCGAGCAGCCAAAACAGGUGCCAAGGACCACCAGCUGAAGGAGGCAAACUCCAUUAACAAGUCUUUGAGUGCACUGGGUGAUGUGAUCUCAGCUUUAUCUGCCGAACUGCCCCAUGUGCCAUACAGGAAUAGCAAGCUAACACAGGUGAUGCAAGACUCUUUGGGUGGAAAUGCUAAAACUCUGACGAUCGUCAACAUCUCUCCUACAGAAUACAAUCUUGACGAGACGCUCACAUCUCUUAUUUAUGCAACAAGAGUGAAGGCCAUAACCAACAACGCUCAGAGAAAUGUGGAAAGCAAAGAGAUUGCCCAGCUGAAAGAGGUGAUCAUGAAACUGAGAUCUGGGCAGAGCGUGGAAGAGGAAGAUGUUUGA